UUGCAGAAUCAUCCCGAUGCAAUCGCUCUCUUCAAAAUCGAUCCUCAAACGGGUAUCAUUCGAACGACACAAUCGAACUAUGAACCAGAAUCAACGCAUGAACUGCUAAUUAUUGCAAGUGAUCAAGGUCUACCACAACCACUUGAAUCCACCGCGUUUUUGAGUAUCACUGUUGAGAAGAGCAACGAAAUAAGACCUCAGUUUGAUAUUGUUUGGCUUACGGAUAGUGGAACUGCUCAAGUUUAUGAGAAUGUCACUAUUGGCUAUGUCCUUUCGCGGAUUUCCGUUCGUGAUGCCAAUUACGAUAGUGAACUCACGAUGGUUGGAUGUGAUUCGAUUUGUAUGAAACAAACCGAUUCGUCGAAUGUCUAUUUGUUGAUCGUUUGUGGUGCUUUUGAUCGUGAAUUCAAGCACUCCUACAAUUUACUCUUUUCGCUGAAGAAUGCCAAUAAACUCAUUCUCGAAUAUCCCGUUCACUUAGAGGUAUUGGAUGUGAACGAUAAUGCGCCACGUUUCGAGCAUUCGUUGAUCCGCGUAACUUUCAAUCGAUCAGCCGAUCAGUUCGAUACUCCACGGAUUAUCGCAACAGAUGCUGACUACGAUUCGAACGCUCGUGUACACUAUUCUAUCCUUGACACAAAUAUUUUCUCGAUUGAAGCUGAUACGGGAAUAUUACGGUUGCAAAAAGAGUUUGAUUGCUCGGCUGGUGAAGUUCGUUUCCGUGUAGUUGCCGAAGAUAGUGGAAAGCCGCCGCUGAUGUCAAUUGUUGAUGUGAUAGCGGAUGUGAUUGAGAACAACGCUCGACCACCGGUCUUCUCAAAACCACUCUAUGAAAUUUCGGUUAAAGAGGACGCUGAACCAGGGACUUGUCUACUGAAGGUCAGUGCUUCUUAG